UCCCCUCCUAGGGCACUCCAACCGAUAUAGCUCUUUGUUGCCCUACCGCACGGUACCCCUGGGCAUGUUGUCCCCCCCUCCCCGCGUGAUGAUGGCGUUUUCCCCUCGUGUGUGCCGCCGUGUGUGUCUGUGCGGCGUGCUUGUCCUUGGUUCUCUGUACCGCAUGCGAUGGUCGAACGAAGUGCCCACGAUAUGGGCCUUGCCGAUCUCCGAGAACUAAUGCUGGACCUCGCUGCCGCAUCGCUAGACGAGGAGGUGAACGGGUCCUGCGAGACCGAGACGUGUCGAGCCCUGGUGGCCGUGGUGGAUGCCAUGCCGGCUCGAGAGUACGGAGACGCCUUCUCCUCGCUGGUGGCCGGUUUAUGCGACCCCUCCGCGCGUGGGCUAGAAUCUCGGGUGACGACUUUCACGUGGCCGCUCCUCGCGAGGAACGUUCCGUUCAAGCGGUCCUCCUCCUCCUCCUCUCCGUCUCACGGUUCGAGCGGCCACGGCGUUGUCGUCGGGGGUGGGGAGGGGGGAAACAAUAACAACGCCACAGUAGCGGCCGACAUCACCGUUGCUGCGGCAGCUGCGACUUCGGCGGCUGUGGUGCCAUCGCUAAGCCACGAGGUCUGUCACCGGCUGCUGAAGGAGCGGUUCCUGAAGGACACGUCGUACGCGGACGCGGAGGAAUCGCCGCAAGGGCUCGGGCGUGCCCUCAAGGCGCUGGACGUGCUGCUGGAAAACGAGGACGACGUGCUUGAGUCGGAGACCCAGGAGGGCUACAAGCGGCAGUACGUUGUCGUGGCCCUCGCCAACGAGAUGGCGGCGGGAUCGAUGGCGGUGUCUCGGACCGCCAAGCCUGACGGGGAUGAGUGCAAGAAGAUGGUCAGAUUGUUGGAGGCCAUCAACAGGGAGCUCACCAGCGUCAUGCAGAACAGCGUCCAGAUGAGCAAAACCCUUCUGGACUUGAUGAAGAGCAAGUACACUCCGUUCCUGCCCGCUUCCUCCGGGGUGCAGAGCAAGCUGUCCUUCGGCGGCAAGACUGUCACCUCCUUCGGGGGGGAGGACUCUAGCGACGACGAUGACGACGAUGAUGAUGAUGAAGAGGAGGAGGAGGAGGAUGAAACCGAGUCUCAGUGA